AUGUUUUUGUGUUCCCACUUCAUUCUCACUCAACCAGUAACAUUUUUGGUCAAACAUCAGCAGAGGUGCCAGGAAAUGGAGUUUGCUGAGCUGAUUAAGACCCCCAGAGUGGAUGGGGUGGUGUUGAGGAGACCUUUCCUGCCCACAGUGGAGGGAACACUCUGUCUGACAGGACAUCACCUCAUACUGAGCUCCAGACAGGACAACACAGAGGAACUCUGGCUGCUGCAUGCUAACAUUGACGCCAUAGAGAAGAGGUUUGUGGGGUCUCUGGGCACCAUCAUAGUCAAGUGUAAAGACCUCAGGGUGAUUCAGCUGGAUAUCCCUGGCAUGGAGGAGUGCCUCAACAUCGCCAGCUCUAUCGAGGUUCUGUCCACUCUGGACUCUGUCUCGUUGAUGUACCCGCUCUUCUACCGGCCCAUGUUUCAGGUCAUCGAGGACGGAUGGAAGUCUUUCCUUCCAGAGGAUGCUUUCAAAGACCUGGAGUCCAUGACUGAAGAGUGGCGUCUGAGUGAUGUGAAUAAGGACUACAGUGUGUGUUCCUCCUACCCUCCUCUGGUGGCCGUACCUAAAGAUGUGGAUGACGACACCCUAAGGAAAGCUGCCGCCUUCCGCCACGGGGGACGCUUCCCCGUACUCAGCUACUAUCACAAGAAGAACGGCAUGGUGAUGAUGCGUUCAGGCCAGCCGCUGACCGGCACCAACGGGCGUCGCUGUAAGGAAGACGAGAAGUUGAUCAACGCCACGUUGCGGGCAGGGAAACGGGGCUACAUCAUCGACACGCGUACCGUCAGCGUGGCGCAGCAGGCCAAGGCACGGGGAGGAGGGUUCGAAUCAGAGGCCAACUACCCACAGUGGAGGAGGAUUCACAAGGCUAUAGAGAGGUCCAGUAUUCUCCAGGAGAGCCUGAUAAAGCUGGUAGAAGCCUGUAAUGACCAGAGCCACAGUAUGGACCGCUGGCUCAGUAAACUAGAGGCUUCUAAUUGGCAGACUCACGUCAAGGAGAUCCUCACUACUGCCUGUCUGGCUGCUCAGUGCAUCGACAGGGAGGGUGCGUCAGUACUUGUGCACGGGACAGAGGGGACAGACUCAACCCUACAGGUGACGUCUCUGGCUCAGAUCAUCCUGGACCCAGCCUGCAGGACCAUUCAAGGAUUCCAAGCUUUAGUGGAGAGAGAGUGGCUGCAGGCGGGCCAUCCGUUCCAGCAGCGUUGUUCCCAGUCAGCCUACAGUAACAGUAAGCCUCGUUGUGAAGCCCCGGUGUUCCUGCUCUUCCUAGACUGUGUGUGGCAGAUCCUCCGCCAGUUCCCUUGCUCCUUCCAGUUCUCGCAACACUUCCUGGUUCUGCUCUUCGAACACGCCUACGCCUCGCAGUUUGGGACCUUCAUGGGCAACAGCGCCUCCGAGAGGUCUAAGUUGAACCUGUCUCAGAAGACAGUCUCUCUGUGGUCGUGGGUGAACCGGCCCCAGGAGGUGGAGAGGCUGUCUAACCCGCUCUACGAGGCCAACUGUCUAGUUAUAUGGCCCUCCGUAGCCCCUCAGAGCCUGCUACUAUGGGAAGGUGUGUUCCUGCGUUGGAAGCGCAGCUCCAGGUGUCUGGAUGAGGCGUACGACGAGAUGGUUCAUAUUAUACAGUACAACAAAGAGCUGCAGAAUAAAGUCAACAACCUCAGGAGACAGCUGGCCCAACUGGAGACUGAGGAGCCUCUGCUGCAAACACCAUAGAGGAUAGGAGAGGGAGGGAGGGAGGGAGGAGAGGUGGUGGAGAAGAGGAGUGGGAGAAGGAGACGUGAAGGAGGAAAGGGAGCAGGGAGAGAGAGCAGGAGAGGAGGAAGACUAAAGGAGAGGUAACAACACUGUAGGUUACUACUCAAGCAACCUGAGGCUGUAUGUAUUAAACAUCUUGGACAGGAUUUACCUGAUCCUAGAUCAGCACUCCUACUCUAUCUAAUGUUAUUCAUCAUUAUUAUAUAAAAGGCCUUAUUGAUGCUCCUACUCUGAACUGCUUGACGCAUACGGUCCCAGAAGAAGAGUACGAUAUGAACGGGGACGGAGGGACGGGGUAGAGAGAUUUUUGAGUAUGUUAAAAAUGCUUGCUCGUCUUUAAGUAAUGCAGUAGAUUCCUUGCUUUACACCAAUCUGCUGGUGUUAGGUCAGUGACUGCUGGAAAGGUGAGAGAGUUCUCUAGAGCAGCACUAAAGCCAGAGACAUGUAUAGAUAUGUUCCUCAUGCUACCCCUGGUCACCAGCCAGUAGCUGCCUGACUUUAGUAACCCCCCACCAGCUCACGUUCUACACAAAUAGAUCCACACACCCAGGCACCUCGUCCAGAUUAUGAAAGGGGCUCUUAUUGCUGGAUAUGAGGAGACUUUGAAACACUACUCUGAGUAACCAUGGCAACACGUGCCAGUAGCUGCACUGUGUACACACACUGGCUACUUUAGAACACACAGAACCACAUACACACUGGCUACUUUAGAACACACAGAACCACAUACACACUGGCUACUUUAGAACACACAGAACCACAUACACACUGGCUACUAUAGAACAUACAGAACCACAUACACACUGGCUACUAUAGAACACACAGAACCACAUACACACGGACUACUUUAGAACACACAGAACCACAUACACACGGACUACUUUAGAACACACAGAACCACAUACACACUGGCUACUAUAGAAC